AGGUGGGCCGCUGGGUCUGCAAUAUAUGAAGGCCGUCUGCGUGCGGGGGAACUAUGACGUAUGCGGGGUAGGGCGCUGUCGGCGAUCGCCGCCCUCUCCCGCUUUUAUUUGGCACGGCGAUUCCGGACGGAGUGUUUGUGUUUGACGGCCAUGUCGAGCGAGCGCGCCCCCGUGGUGCUGUACGACAUCGAGCGCAGCGCUGCCACCUCCUCCCCCGACAUCCCCCACAUCCUCCACGCAAAACGUCUCGGCACUCGCCGCCUCCCCCGUCUCCCCUGGCCCCGCCCCCUCGCCAACGCCCUCACGUGCCUCGCCAUCGCCGCCAGCGCCCUCCAGGCCAACGGCGUCUACUGCUGGGCCACCUAUGGGCCCGUCGUCGCCAGCAUGCGCCGCCUCGACGGCACACAGGCACAGACCAUCGUCGUCGGUGGAAUCGUAGGAGUAUACCUCAUGGCUGCGCCCCUGGGAUCUCUCACGGACAGGUAUGGCCCCAGGAUAGGCUCCCUCGUAUCCGCCUGCCUGAGCGCAGCGGGCUACCUGUCAUUCGCCGCCAUACUCGCGACAUCCACCGCUGAGACACCGCUUCUGUAUGUAUGGCUCACAGCCGCAUAUUUCCUGGUCGGCGCAGCCACCGUCGGCUCCUACUUUGCCUGUCUCACGUGCGCGUCCCUCUCCUUCCCUACCCACCCCACGCUGUCCCUCUCGCUCCCUCUCUCACUCAUCGGUCUCUCUUCUCUCGCCCUCUCCUCCUUUUCUUCUCUCCGUAUCUUCAUUUCCCCCUCCACCGGCGACCUCGACCCUGUCAAGUUCUUGUUCUUCCUCGGGCUUUUAUCUCCCGGUGUCAACCUCUUUGGUGCCCUAUUUAUGCGUAUCAUCCAGCCUACAACUCCUCCACUGCUCGAGCAAGACGUUCACUUUCCAGGACAAGAUGAAGACACUGAGCCUGGCUCGCCCAUCAGCCAGUUCCUCCACUUAUCCGAACAUACGCCCCUCCUUAUCGGUGGCCCUGAAGCCGCUCGUCCAGCCCUCGAGCAAUCCUACGCUUCUAUCCGUGACGGUGACGAGGCGGAAGAUUCCUCCAAACCUAGCCACCUAUCCAACGUCAACAACACCGGACCGGAAGCAGGGCAAUGGGGCGUUUGGGACUUGAUAGCCGAUUGGCAAGGAUUUUGGAUCUUUGGUAUCCUCGUCGCACUCGUCAUCGGUCCUGGCGAAAUGACAAUCGCUUCCAUCGGUUCGAUCCUCACUUCCCUCCUCCCUACACCCUCAUCUCUCCCCACCCCCUUUUCCCUCUUCACUCCUGACAACAUCUCGUACGCCUCGAUAACGAACGAUACCGAUAUCGAUACCGACACCAACCCGCUGGCGCAGAGGAACACACAAGUAUUCCUCAUCUCCCUCUCCUCCACACUCGCCCGCCUGUUUACAGGUUUCUUGGCAGACUAUCUCUCUCCGCCGCCCACCGCGGUUCCCAACCCGGCUUACCGUCCCGAUCAAGACGAUCCUCUUGCCUCUACACCCUCACCACAUGAUGAUGAUGAUCAUCAUGCGAUUGCGGCAGGGGAUGGGGACGAUAGGGAAAGAGCACACCCUGAACCGCCACAUCUAUGGAAACAGAUCCAUAAAGUGAGAAUGAGCAGAGCGGCCAUGACAGGUACCUGUGCCCUCCUCCUCGGUGGAGUGUACGUCUUUGCCGCAGCCGGUUUACAAGGGGGAAAAGGGGAGAAGCGCUUGUGGGUGCUUAGUGUAGGUGUGGGAGGGAUGUAUGGCGCGCUGUUCACACUUACCCCUGCGAUCGUAUCGCUUCAUUUCGGGCCGACAAACUUUGGUUUAGCAUGGGGAAUGAUUUCGUAUUUCGCGGCACUCGGGUCUGUCGUCUAUUCCUACCUCUACGCCCUCCUUUCCAUCCCUUCAGAUUCUCAGACAGAAUGCCAUGGUACACAUUGUUUUAGAGUAACCUUUAUCGUCUGCGCCGUAUCGUGCUUCGUGGGUAGUCUAGGCCUUUGGUUGUUAGGUAGACGAUGGAAAGUAUAGAUCAAUCCCCCUCCUCCCCGGGGGAUUAAAAAGCCGGGGGAUUCGCCAAGAAGAAUCUACCAUGGGUUAAUAACGAGAAAUCUCUUGUAGACUAGUUGUCAUAUGAUGAAGUAUUAUAAGAAAAAGGAAGCUGAAUAGGGAAUGCUAGGCUUCCAAAACGAACGAAAUGCAUACAUCUCCAUGCCCUCCCC